AAGCAGAGAGUCAAUGUGAGCAAAGGGGGAGGAGGAGGAGGAGGAGGAGGAGGAGGAAGAGGAGGAGGAGGAGAAGGAGAGGAGAAAGAGUUGGUGGUGAGAUCGAUGAAGUGGCAGGCAGAGGGAAGAGGAGGAGAGCAGAGCAGCAACGCAGCGGGAGAAGCAGCAGCAGCGGCGCUCGGGGUUUCCUUGCCGGGGUUGAAGAUGGAUGGGGGUCUCGGGGAGAUGUCCCUCCACAGCCACGCCGAGCUGGCGCACAGCCAGGACGGCCGCGCCAUGCUGCACUCGCGGGACCUGUCGGCCGCGUUCCCCCGGCCCUCCCUCGGGGGCUCCUCCAUGUCCCUGGAGCCGGAGCCCCGUCCGCCGGGCUUCGACCACUCCAUGUCGGCGCUGGGCUACAGCGGCGACUCGCCGUCCAGCUCCGGCAGCACCUACACCACCCUGACCCCCCUGCAGCCCUUCGACGACAAGUUCCACCACCACCACCACCACCACCACCCCUGCCUCCCCGUCAGCAACGUCAUCGGCAGCUUCACCCUCAUGCGCGAGGACCGAGGCCUCGGCGCCAACUUCUACAACCCGUACGGGAAGGAGCUGGCCAUGUCCCAGAGCCUGACGCCCCCCAGCGGCGGCUCGGGCCUGGGCUCCUCCAUGCACGGCUACGGCAGCCUGGGCAACAGCCCCAACGCCAACGGCGGCCAGAUGCUCCACGGCGGCUACGACGUGCACGGGGGCAGCCUCUUCUGCCGGACGUCGGACUUCGGCCGGGAGAUGUCGCCGCCGGGCAUCGGGGCGGGCGAGGUGUCGGUGGGGCACCAGCUGAACAAGAUGGAGGCUCACCAGCACGCCCCGGGCCACCACCCACACAUCUACAGCCAGCACUACCAGCCCCACCACCACCCCGGCCAGCAGGCCGCCAAGAUGGGCGAGCACCUGCACUCCUCGUCGUCCGCCUCGUCCUCGCCCGGCGAGGGCAUGCUGCCGGGCUCGCAGGGCGGCGGCGGCGGCGGCGGCUCCGGAGAGGAGAUCAACACCCGGGACGUGGCCCAGAGGAUCAUCACCGAGCUGAAGAGGUACAGCAUCCCCCAGGCCAUCUUCGCCGAGAGGGUCCUGUGUAGGUCACAGGGCACGCUGUCCGACCUCCUGAGGAACCCCAAGCCCUGGGGCAAGCUCAAGUCCGGCCGCGAGACCUUUAAGAGGAUGUCCCGCUGGCUCCAGGAGCCCGAGUUUCAAAGAAUGGCCUCUCUGCGGCUGGAGGCCUGCAAGCGCAAGGAGCAGGAGCAGAGCAAGCUGGAGCGCAACCAGGGCCCGAAGCGCACCCGGCUGGUGUUCACGGACCUGCAGCGCCGCACCCUCAUGGCCAUCUUCAGGGAGAACCACCGCCCCACCAAGGAGCUGCAGGUCACCAUCUCCCAGCAGCUGGGCCUGGAGCUGUCCACCGUCAGCAACUUCUUCAUGAACGCCCGCCGCCGCAACCUCAACAAGUGGGCGGACGAGGGCCGCCCGUCCUCCACGGGCUCCUCGGGCUCCAGCGUUUCCUCGUCGGCGGUGUCCUGCAGCACGGCGUGAUGACGCGGCGGGCGGGGCGCCGGG